CGAGACGGGCGGCAGGGGAACGUCCAAUGGCGGGCAUGCAGGCACGAGCGGCAACUGCUGCAGGUCAGGGAGGAGUUCGAACUUCGGCGGCGGAGCCUCCAAGGCGGUACGACCCGUCCAUGUACACCCAUCUGAAGUCGUGGGAGACGCCACUGCCCCCGCCGGACGAGGAGCCGGAGAAGGAAGAACGUUCAACGUUGCCUCUCGCCAGCGGCUCGACUCAGUUGUGGUCGCAGACGGUGCGAGCAGGCGGGUCGGUUGCCGACGAAGGGGGCGAGUUCACGUCACUGCUGCAUCAAGGCUUGCGGGACGACGACGGCGGAGGAGUUGAUCUGAGGUUCGGGUUGUGUUCUGGCGGCGGCAGGGAGGCGAGCCGUACGUUCAUCAUUGAUGGAGAUCGUUCGGCAUGUGGCCUUGAACAUGGUGGAAGUCUGCAUACGGAGCAGUCCACACUUCGUCGCGCUGCACCCGUGCUUGGCACGGUCGGGCCAUCGCCAACGGGACGGCAACAUGGAUCGACUGCUCCGUCCGCCGAGCGAUUGACACAGACCUGGCCCGCAUGCACUGCGGUCGCAGCAGGGUCCCUGCGCAUGGGCGGUGCACGUUCGCCGAUGCCUGCGUGCACAACGCCGAUCGAAUCCGAAGUGAGGGAUGAGGGAACGUGCAGAGCGCCGAUACAUCCACGACCCACUGUGGAGAACAUAACACGUGGAGUGUCCAACAUGCGGGCGCACAACGAUGGCGGCGAAGACGACGGUGGAUUCGGUGAUGAUGCAGACGAAGGGAUGAGGGAGGACGUGGAAGCGGGGGACGACGACGACGACGCCACGGAAGAGGACACCGACGACAAUUUCACGACGGAGGACGAGCAAGGCGAGGCGACGGCAUCUGCAGCACGGGAAAGUGGUAGGCAGCGUUCUUCAGAUCAAAGCGCUUCGAAGAUGAUGUUUACCCCUCCGCCAGAGGUGCAGCAGCUGCGAGUUCGCGAAACGUGGAAAGAGAAGGGUGUUGUGGUGGACCUUGGCGGCGAUGACGACGAUCCUUUGGAAAAACGUCGCCUGCGCAAUGCAACACAAGCGACCCCAGCGGCGGUGUCGACGGCUCGCGCUGCGACAGACGAAAGGCCGAUCACAGUCACACUGCCCAACACGCCGUCUCAGCCACGUCAGUGCAACGACGGUGCUGACGGUGCGUCUGUCCAAUGCGGUGGUGGGGGGGUGGUCGUGGCAGACGCGCGAGCAGCAGGGGGCGAGGCGGCAGGUGGCGCGGGUGUGGGUGUUGCAGGUGUUGUGGAUCCCAUUCCGGCGGCGAGAGAGGAGGGUGCAGUUCCGACGAUGCAAGCGAUCUCCUGUGCGGCGGCGGUGGAGAAUAUAGCUCUGCGCAUCUUGCACGACUCGGUUCUCAAGUCCGGGAACCGCCCAAGGGGGUACCACCUUGCUUUCCAGUACUCGUUGGAGUCCGUAGCGACAGACAUUGCACGUGCAAUGUGGUACGGCGAGGAGUGGUGCAACGUCGUCAGCGCGGCGAUCUGCGCCCACACGAUAGAUCUGAACAUGGACCUUCCACUGUGGUACGCCGGCGCGCAUAUCGAGGACAGACUUGAGGACAACGACAUGGCGGCGCACGAGGAGUCCACCGUCAUCCAAAUCGCGCAUUCAUUCCGCACGGCGGUGCAAAUGGGCGCUCACAUCGACGACGAUUUCAUCUCCUACGAGCGUCUAUGUCGGGUGGCUGACUGCUUCAGGCUAUUGUUGGCGGCGUCCAUGUGGAUAAUGCGCAUGGCGGGAGACGAUCCGCGCAGCCACUACGAAGCUUUUUACUUCGCGGAUCUCGUCGCCAGGCCGACACUAGUCGCCUCCAUACAUCGCUCCUUCGAUCAUCGACGAUUCGUCGUCCGCGCCACGAACGUCGUCACGGAGAGGCUUGGGAAGGCGAAAGCCACGCUCGGAGUGUACCCCGAGUACAUCCCUGAUUGGGCACCAUGCGGCAUCGGAUUUGCGGACGACGCGAGCAUAAAGGGGCCGGAGGAUGUGAAGAGGCUGGAUUGGUUGGGUUCGGGCCCUCUCGAUGAUAAGAACAAAGGCGAAGGAAAGGACGACGCAUAAGGCCGGCGGGUUUGCGGAAGUAG